UCAGCCCACAGCUGGUAGCAGGUGACCUGUGAGCUCGGAAGUGCUUCGGGCUGGGAUAUUGUCCUAAACGGAGAAAAGAGGAACAGGAGGAAAACAGGAACUGAGGAUUCACAGGUAUCGGUGGCUUAUUAACAAUGCACCCUGGGAUCACCCCCAAGGGUUGCGCCUAAAUUGCCGGAGAUGGCCCGGAAACCUGGCUUCCUUCUGACCCCGCAGAAGGCUCCCGAAAGGCGCCGCUGGGCCGCCAGAGGGCGCCAGGGGCGGCGGCGAGCACAGGGUCGCGUCAUGGCCGCGGCGCGAGUGCAGCUGCUCUUGGCCGGGCGUCUGGAGUCCGUAAGCUUCGCGCGAAGCGUGUGUGGCCUCCUGGGCGCUGGGCCCGGGUCGGGGCCGUGGCCCACGUACUGCGGCUUGGAAGGAGGACGACUGAUCCUCUCGGACAAGCCAUUCCCAGGCUCCGCGGCUAAGCUUCCGCUCCAGCGACCCCCUUUCUGCCCUUUUGCGGCCCUGGACCAGCAGCCCAGGCCCCCCGGGGCUGAGCUGCCCGCGAAUCGAGGUGUGGAUCUGGGUGUGGCCGUCAUUCUGCAGUCCAGCGACCAGACUGUCUUGCUGACCAGAAGGACACGCACCCUCCGCGUUUCCCCCAACCUCUGGGUACCCCCAGGUGGACAUGUGGAACUGGAUGAGGAGCUGCUGGAUGGAGGACUCCGAGAGCUCUGGGAGGAGACCGGACUGCGGCUGGCACAGGGCCAGUUCUCUUGGGUCCCUCUGGGACUAUGGGAGUCUGCCUACCCGCCUAGGCUGAGCUGGGGUUUCCCCAAAUACCAUCACAUUGUUCUCUAUCUACUCGUCAUCUCCCAGGAGUCACAGCAGCAGCUGCAGGCCAGGAUCCAACCAAACCCAAGUGAAGUGAGUGCUUUUAUGUGGCUGGGACCAGAUAUCGCAGCUGCAGUGGCUGCCACAGAGGAUGGGACAGAAGCACCCAGAAUCCUCCCCGCGGACCUACCACUCUCUGUGGGAGCAGUGGAACUAGAGGAGGGCAGGGCCCGAGCCGUGGCGCUCCCCACAUCCACGCUGCUGCGGAACACCCCCCCUACCGCAGAGGACAACCCGGAGAGAGUCAGCUCUGGCACCAAGUUUGCCCUCGGGCUCUGGCUACAGCAGCUGGGCCGGUAAAGGUGAGGAAUGGGAGGGUUCUGUGGUGCUGGGCUGGAGUGGUCUGGUGGUGGUCUGGGCGGGGGCACGGGAGGGUUCUGUGGCACUGUGGAGUGCUCUGGUGGUGUUCGGGGUGGGGGGGCAUGAGAGGGUUCUGUGGCGCUGGGCUCCAGUGGUCUGGUGGUGUUAUGGGCGGGGGCGCGAGGGAAAACCGACUACUCUGGGAAGUCCUCAGUGUGGCAAGCGUGGACCCAGGUCACAAAGGAAGAACAGAACGUGGACCCUCCUCCCCUUCCCCAGCGCUCUGGAAAGGGAAGUGGGUAAUCCCCUCCAGAGCCCACCUCCACGACACUCACAGAACAUUCACAACCUUUAUUAUGGGUGAGAAACCUGCUACAACUUUGGGAAUACAAAGUAAAAUUGCAACACGUAUGCUAGGCCCUGGAGGAGCCCGACAAAGGAGGGCACGUGGGUCCCCCCACUUCCCAGGAAAGGUGCAGAAUAAGCCAGGCCUGCCUACAGGGCCAUGGGCCUCUAGACACUUAGGCCCCAGGCUAGUCAGCUUAAGAAACACUGUGAACUUAAAUAUAUAAAUAGAGACCCAGGCAAGAGGCUAGGCCCUGCUCCCAAACCCCUGGGGAUCGCGGCUAAGGCCUCAUCUCCUCAGUUGUACUGGGAAGUAGGAGGUUGGGAAAGUCAUCUUUGGAGUAUUUUGGUUUUUCUUGUUUAUGUACAAAAUAUCUGCAACCCAAAAUAGAGUUCUCUGUCCAUCUCUGAAA